AUGGUUAUAGGAGGCUCUAUACAAUGUUGCAUUUUGAAGCCGAGUUUAAUUGUGGAUCCAUUACAAAUUGCAGUAGCUGCUAAGAAAGCAGUAUUGAAUGAACAACAAAAUAAAAUGGCAACAAAGAGCUUAUAUACUGAAAUAUUAUUCAACUUAUCGUUGUCCAAGAACAUUACCCAAUCUUUGAUAAAAUUUGGAAUAAGUGAUACUGAUAAUAAUGCUGUUGUAUGUGUGAUUGGGAAGAACGAAGAAGAACUAGAUAAGGUUUUGUCACACUUUCAAUGCGAUGAACCUUCAGGGAAUCAACAGUUCUCGCCAGAUAACUCCUUAAUUAAAAAAGAGUACAAAAUUACAGGAGUAGAGACUGAAGUAUCAUCUCUAUUGGGAUCAGUUGUCAGCCGCAUUGCAGCAAAAGAUUUUGUGUCAUUGUAA